ACCACUCUCUAAUUCUCCUUCCAUAUCUAUGAACAUUGAACGCCACCGUAUCUCGCACACCAACAAUUUACUUCCCUCGCUCCCUCUACAGUCAUGUACCGUCUCCCUCUCGUCCUCUUCUCCAUCAUCGCCGCGGCGACGGUCGGGAUCGCUCCGGCGAAGCCCGUCGAGCGCGACGAUACGCUGAUCAGGCAAGUCGUGUCGGAAGAAAGCCGCGAGGAUGACUUGGUCCUCGGCGCGGAGCGCCACUUCUCCGACUUCAAGCUCCGGUUCGGCAAGGCCUACGCCACGCCGGAGGAGCACGACUACCGGCUCGGCGUCUUCAAGGAAAACCUCCUUCGCGCGAAGCUCCACCAGCAGCUCGACCCCUCGGCGGUGCACGGCGUCACCAAGUUCUCCGACCUCUCUCCGGAGGAGUUCCGCCGGAAGUUCCUCGGCCUGAAGCGGCUCCGCCUCCCGGCCGACGCCAACAAGGCGCCCGUUCUGCCUACCGAGGAUCUCCCGACGGAUUUCGACUGGCGCGAUCGUGGUGCCGUCACCGGCGUCAAAGACCAGGGGGCGUGUGGGUCGUGCUGGUCUUUUAGUGCGGCCGGAGCUCUGGAAGGAGCUCAUUUUCUGUCCACUGGAGAGCUUGUGAGCUUGAGUGAGCAGCAACUUGUGGACUGUGACCACGAGUGUGACCCUGAAGAACGAGGUGCAUGUGACUCAGGAUGCAGUGGCGGGCUGAUGACAACUGCCUUUGAAUACACGCUUAAAGCUGGUGGGCUAGAGCGAGAGGAAGACUAUCCUUACACCGCGACUGAUCGUGGCUCGUGCAAAUUUGACAAGAGCAAGAUUGCCGCAUCAGUUUCGAACUUCAGUGUUGUUUCCCUGGACGAGGAACAGAUUGCAGCCAAUCUUGUUAAGAACGGUCCCUUGGCUGUCGGGAUCAACGCAGUGUAUAUGCAGACAUACAUAGGAGGAGUGUCGUGCCCAUAUAUUUGCUCUAAGAAUCUAGAUCAUGGGGUGCUCUUGGUUGGGUACGGAUCUGCCGGUUACGCUCCCAUCCGGUUCAAAGAGAAGCCAUUCUGGAUAAUCAAGAACUCGUGGGGACAGAACUGGGGCGAGAAUGGAUAUUACAAGAUCUGCAGGGGCCGUAACAUCUGUGGCGUCGACUCGAUGGUUUCCACCGUGGCUGCUAUUCACACCACAGCUCAUUAGGUCACGGGGAAUUACACAAGAAAUUCUGUGCCAGGCAUCAUAUGGUUUCCUUCAUGAUCGCCCCUGGUGAGAGCAUGUUAUGGUAUUGUUUUUAGGUGUCUGUAGCUUUUGAAGACAUUGGGCACACAGUUGAAGAACACAUAAAAUGCUACUGCUGUUGUAUCUGUAAAUUAUAAGAUGAUACCGCGACCGUGGUUACUGGCUUGCGUAAGCUAACUUCUCGUGGUCAUACAUACUUAUGUGGCCAACACUGAAAUCAUAAUGUAUCUAUGUGUGCUCUUGAAUUCA